AUCUAAUACCAUAAAUUCUAUUACAAAUUUGUAAAAAUGUAAACAAAAGACUGAAACGGAAGUGACCUAAGAAAAUGAGAAUUAAGUCAAAGGUCAAAAUAUAGACUUUAACCAUAUACUUUGAUAAAGCACGUAGGUCGUAGUCUAGAUCUUUUAUAGGGAGUCGGGCUUAAUACUUUUCUCAGGAUCUAGCUAGCUUUAAGUCAGGUAAUGUAAUGUUCAUCAAUAUUUUUUACUUAUGUUAAUUGGACCUACCAGCCAAUAGGUCUAGUAAAUCACCAUGACUGAGAGACUUAAAACAGUUUUUGGACAUCUUCAACUUCCCAAAAGAACAGAUGGACUUAUUAACCCUAACAAUGUGUCUGGAGUAUCAACGCCUUUUAGAUUUACAGUAGACAAUAACAAGCUCACUCAACAACAACGUCAGUUUUAUGAGGAGAAUGGUUUUCUUGUCAUUAAAAAAUUGGUCUCUCCAGAAAAACUGAAAGUUUAUGGGGAAAGGUUUGCAAGCAUCUGCCGACGUGAAAUAUCUGUUCCAGGUAUGACAGUUAUGAGAGAUAUUGCCAUUAAAGAUGCAGAGUUUGUACCUGGGGAGCAAGCAGUUACUAAAUUUCAAGAUUUCCAAAAUGAUGAUGUUCUGUUUAGCUACUGUGCUCUACCAGAGGUUGUGGAGUAUGUGGAAUGUUUUACUGGUCCUGAUGUCAUGGCUAUGCAUACUAUGUUAAUCAACAAACCUCCUGAUUCAGGUAAAAUGACAUCCAGGCAUCCCAUGCACCAAGAUUUACAUUAUUUCCCUUUCAGACCUGCUGACCGAAUUGUCUGCUCUUGGACAGCUAUGCAGAAAAUUAACAGAGAAAAUGGCUGCCUUGUAGUUGUGCCUGGCACUCAUAAAGGGGAACUUUUAGUUCAUGAAUAUCCCAAAUGGGAGGGAGGUGUCAACAAAAUGUAUCAUGGUAUACAAAAUUAUGAUCCAAGCCAACCCAGAGAUCACUUAGAAAUGGAGGCUGGUGAUACAGUGUUCUUUCAUCCACUUCUUAUUCAUGGUUCUGGAGCUAACAGAUCCAAAGGGUUCAGAAAAUCUAUUUCCUGUCAUUAUGCAAGCGGCAUAGCUCACUAUGUGGACGUCCAAGGCACUGAACAGGAAACAAUUGCUAAUGAGGUUGUAGAACUUGUGAAGAAAAAGUUGGGUAGAGAUGUGAACAUCUCUUUUGCUGAUGUCUGGAAGUAUAAGAGUCGACCAGUGAAAGGCCAAAACCUGCUGAACAGUACUUAAGUAAAUACAGUUGAAGUCUUCUAGAACCAAGAUAUACUUUUAAUUUAUUUUGGUGUACAAAAUAAUUUUUAAAAUCUGAAAUAGAUUAACUGAUCACAAUAAAUUAUGCAACAUAAAUGUUGAGCAUAUCUGCUGCUGUAAAUCAAUGUGAAGGUUUAUGUACACAGUCAAGUGUCACAACCAAUGAUUAUUUAUUAUAAUUCUAUUUAAGUAAUUUUGUACAUUAAUUAAUUUUAGAAACUAGUGUUUGAACUUGUGAUAUUUAUUUGUUGUUUUGUGUUGCAGGCCAAGGACUAAAUGUUUUCAAAUAAUCCUGAACUCUUUAUUUUCAUAAUAGAUGAUUUUCUAGGGGAUGCAACCAAGGCUUUCCACUUCUGAGAAACCAUUUUCAGCAGCAUAUGGAAUGAUUGGCUGCUAACUUGAGAUUCCUAUAGUUUUGAGAUUUUAGUAGUAAAUUGAAGAAUGUUGCUGCGUAGUUCAGUUGUAAAAUUAACCAGUUGUGUAUACAUUUUUUUUUGAGUUAUGUUUUUGUUAAAAAACAAUCUUUUUUUUUUUUCACCAUUCAUUAAUUGAUGCACUGCUAUGAAAAUAUCACUCUUGAAAUUACAAUUUUGACUGUUCCAAUCAAUAUGUAUGGAUAAAAAGAAUAAUUCAUUAAUAUUUGCGUAUUACUUUAUCCAAUAGUUAAUGAUACUGUCGACUACAGUGUCUGGUAAAAUAGCUUUACAUAUUUAUUUUUUUUUUGUCAUUUUCAGUUCUGGUUAUUCUGAAAAUUAUUUCUGCCAAAAAGACUUUCACCUUCAUUGUCCAUUCUUCCUGGUCCGAUUUUUCAGUAAUAUGAUUAAGGUUAUUUAUGAUUUUGGUUUUAUUAAAAAAGACUUUAUCAAGUGACUAGUUUGUGUAAAAUAUGAUAAAAAAAAAAAGUUCUUAUUUGGAAAUAAAUUGUGUGUUGAUUUGUUUUGCACUGUUGGAACAUGCUAUUGUUACAAUGAGAUUAAACAAAAUAUAAGAAUGUAAA